AUGCCUCAUGUUGUUAUGCCAAUUAUAACAAAUGUUCAGGACUACCAAAAUGAUCCAGAAGCCUCACUCGGAGCUGCCAUUCCAACCGGAAAGGCCCUUUCGGAGUCGAGGCUCUGCGAUUCGCCACUCGGUCAUUCCUCUUCCAACAGUUCUACUCUGUCGGCCGGCGGUCAGAAUAGAUACUGCUGCACUUCAACUCCACUUGAUUCUCUCUCCUACACUGGCUCAGGAUCUGCUGGAUCUGCGGAUACUGUUGCCACGGUGACAGCUGCCUAUACCUUGUCACCGCAACCACCCACAUCUUUACCUCUUGUUGAGGCCGGUAUGUCUGUUGUCCUAGCAACAGGUGGAGCUAAUGAAACGAAUAGCCCCGACGCCGGUACUCCCCCAGGUCAAACGACUUCAGAUAUCGAACCAGAAAAGGCGGUACCAGAGUCAUGUGAUCGACUUCAGCAGACGGUGACGGUGUUCAGGGGCCGGAGUUCGAGUCCCAGCAAACGAUUCAGCGCACGGUGUCUCGAUGGCGAGGGCAAUCUUCCGAGACCUACUGUAAGUUCUCUGACUGACUCAAAUAGUUUUCAUCCUUUUUGA